AUGACCGUCGAUGUCGCAGCAUCCAAUGGUGGAAGGGGUUAUGUCGAGCAGCUAGAAGAAAAACUCCGAGCAGUGCAAUCACUACAUCUCGCAGCUCCCCAGCAAUCUGAACCCGAACUGUUAAGGCUUCAGAAAUCUACGCCCUCUUCUGAUAAUCACAGUAUUGCGCAUCCGGAUUCAGCAGCCGGCAGCGGCAGGCUUCCCUCAGUCCCGGACAUUGACUCACCUCUCGCCCAUCUAACACUUGCUGCCAUGGCCGUGGGAGGAGAGGUUCAGCAUGCUUAUAAUUUCACUCUAGCCGAGGCUAUCAACACCGUCUCGUGUUGCAAUGGCUCCAUGCUCACCAUGGACACCCAUGAUGGUGCCUUUGCCUUUGGCGACAUACUUGAGGAAUCGCCUGCAAUAAGUUUGUCACGGCUCAUUACCGCAAUACCGAGCGAGCAAGCAGUUCAAUUGAUUGAUAGCUACUUUGAUACCAUUCAUUUGAUGUUCCCAUGGACUGACCACUCCUCCGUCAUUACCAUGUACUCCCAAAUCUCAUCACAAACAGGGCUUUCGCACACACCGAUGGAGGAGCUUCUAAUGGCAGUUGUGCUAGCAUUAGGAAUGGACAUGUGUGGCCGCACCUCCGAAGCUGACCUACUCGCUCAUUGUAUUUCCCGGCAGGUGAACUCAUACUUUCCCGCUCCAUCUCAAGGGGAGCCGGAUGGACUACGGGACACGCAAUCGUUGUUGCUACUGUCUGUUCUCUCUUUAUACCAUCCAGGCGCGGGCCUAACUUGGCACCAUGUUGGCUUGACUAUCACACGAGCGAUUUCAUUUGGACUCCAUCGGGAGCCCAAUUAUACCGAUUCAGUGUCCUCAUUAGAACCUCAUGUCCAUGCUCGCAGGAACACAUUUUGGUCUGCGUAUUCAUUAGAUCGGGCCAAAGGACCAGAUACCAGCCACCACUACUUUCAAUUGCACGAGUGGAUAGAUAGGGUAAAUGCCGCAGAUAGUUCAUUCCGACUAGCAUACAGCACGCAAUUCCACGAGCUACUCUACCUCAAAGGGCUCCUCUUGCUUUUCGAGUUGAAUCCCGCCCGCGAAUAUGUCGGCUCAGCCACGGCAAUAGAAGUUCUCGGUGCCUGCAAAAGAGUGGUAGAGAUUGCUCACCACUGGACGCUGGCGAAGAGAACCCUGUGCUGGAUAAUCAGCAGCUUUGUUUUCAGCGCGGGCAUCUUAUACCUCGACAUUGUGAUUCGUGAUCGCUACGCGCGCUCGCAACAGUCACUCACGGACAUGAUGGCCUUCUUCAACAAUUGUACUUCGUCGCUCGCUUCUCACGGUCAAAGAUUUCCGGGGAUUAAAAAUUACCAUGAGCUCUACGGCUCCGUAACGGCCGCGGCUUCUCAGGUCUUUGAGCGCGAGCGGGUGAGCAAUAGCCACCCCCUACCUCUUGAGAAGGAACUCUUUGAUUGUAGCUUUAUCACCGACCUAUCGCUACGCAAAAUAGUCAAAGAUAUCUAUGUAGCAUUGAAGGGCUGUUAG